GAAAAGGUGGCAAAAUGUCUACAGUUGAUAAAAAGAAUGUGAAGAAAUCUGUGGUGUCAAAGCCAAACACAAUUAAGUCUAUGUUUAUAGCCAGCGCUGGGAAGAAAACCACUGACAAAACUGUGGACCUAUCAAAGGAUGAUUUAUUAGGGGAUAUUCUUCAAGAUCUUAACGCUGAAACUGUUCAGGUUACUCCACCACCAAUUGUAACGCUGAAAAGGAAAAAGUCUUCUGGAGUACCACUGAAUCCUUUCUCUGUGCAGUCCCAAACUCCUAAGGUAAUCACCUCUACAUCAAAGAGAGCUCCUUCUCAUACCAGAAAGGAAUCUCUUCCUCCAUCUUCAUUUCAGCCUAAACAUCCCAAUUACACAGCAAAAUCUGUCAUAGUCUCUGAAAAUGGGGAUACCAAGUAUAUGCAAAAAGCUACUAAGAAUGAUGCAACAGUGAAGACAAUAGAAGAGAAGGCUAUUGAAGAUGAUGAUCAGGGAAUGAUGGAUUUUGCUGAGGAGGACUUUGAUGAACCUAUGGAAGCCGAGCAUGUGGAAACUAUACCUGAGACAGCUGAAAGCAUGAAGAGAGACAAGGAAAUUGAAAAGAAAGAGAGAGAACAGCUGGAAUUGGACAAAAAAGAAACAUCUGUUUUAAGUUGUUCUCUCCCAGGUGUCUCAUGUUGGGACAGAAUUGAUGAGGAUGAAGCUGAUCUAGUAGCGGCAGAAGUUCAGCUGGACCCCAAUCUCCUUCCACUUGUCAAUGGAGAAAAUGAUGAUCAAGUCUUAAGAUUUUAUUGGUUGGAUGCUUAUGAAGAUCAGUUCAGUCAGCCAGGUGUGGUGUUCUUGUUUGGCAAAGUUUGGAUUGAAUCUGCAAACACCUAUGUCAGCUGUUGUGUGACAGUGAAAAAUAUUGAGAGAACUGUUUAUUUACUGCCACGUGAAACAGAAAUCGACCUACCCACUGGCAAAGAGACGGAGACUCCAGUAACUAUAAUGAGUGUUUUCAAGGAAUUUAAUGACUGCAUUUCACCAAAGUAUAAGAUCAUGAAGUUCAAAUCCAAGAAAGUGGAAAAAUAUUAUGCUUUUGAGAUCCCGGAUGUUCCAGCAAAAUCUGAGUACUUAGAAGUUAAAUAUUCGGCUGAAUGCCCUCGGCUUCCCCAAGAUCUGAAAGGACAAACAUUUUCACAUGUAUUUGGAACGAACACCUCUAGCCUGGAACUUCUCUUGAUGAGUAGGAAGAUCAAAGGACCAUGCUGGCUGGAAAUAAAAAAUCCACAGCCUUCAAAUCAGUUGGUCAGCUGGUGUAAGGUGGAGGCUGUGGCCAUGAAGCCUGGCUUGGUGAACGUCAUUAAAGAUCUUUCUCCUCCUCCUCCUGUCGUGGUCAUGUCCCUCAGCAUGAAGACCACUCAGAACCCAAAGACUCACCAGAAUGAGGUUGUGGCUAUUGCAGCUCUAAUUCAUCAGAAAUUUCCUUUGGAUAAGGCUCCACCUCAGCCUCCUUUUCAGACACACUUCUGUGUUGUUUCCAAACCGAAUGAUUGCAUUUUUCCUUAUGACUUCAAAGAAGCUAUUAAAAAGAAGAAUGCUAAGAUAGAAAUUGCUGCAACAGAGAGAACACUGCUGGGAUUCUUCCUUGCGAAGAUUCACAAAAUUGACCCAGAUGUUGUUGUGGGUCAUAAUAUUUAUGGAUUUGAUCUGGAAGUGCUGCUUCAAAGAAUUAAUGUGUGCAAAGUCCCUCACUGGUCCAAGAUAGGUCGACUGAGGAGGUCCAAUAUGCCAAAGCUUGGGGGUCGAGGUGGAUUUGCUGAAAGGAAUGCUGCCUGCGGUCGAAUGAUCUGUGAUGUAGAAAUUUCUGCUAAAGAGUUAAUUCGUUGUAAAAGUUACCAUUUGUCUGAACUGGUUCAUCAGAUUUUGAAAACAGAGAGGGUAGCAAUUCUACCAGAGGAAGUUCAAAAUAUGUACAGUGAUUCUUCUCGCUUAAUGUUCAUGCUGGAAAACACCUGGACGGAUUCCAGAUUCAUUCUCCAGAUCAUGUGUGAGCUGAAUGUUCUGCCGCUGGCCCUUCAAAUAACAAAUAUCUCUGGGAACGUCAUGUCGAGGACAAUGAUGGGUGGACGAUCGGAACGUAAUGAAUUCUUGCUGCUUCAUGCAUUUCAUGAAAAAGACUACAUAGUGCCGGACAAACAAGUGUUUAAAAAGCCCCUGCAGAAGCUGGUGGAUGAAGAUGAAGAUUUUGAAGAUCAGAAUAAAUCAAAGAUAGGGAAAAAGAAAGCAGCAUAUGCUGGGGGCUUAGUCUUGGAUCCCAAAGUCGGUUUUUAUGACAAGUUUAUUUUGCUUCUCGACUUCAACAGCUUGUACCCAUCAAUUAUCCAGGAGUUUAACAUCUGCUUUACCACAGUGCAGCGACUGUCAUCAGAAGCACAGAAAAGGGCAGAG